AUGUCGCAGCACAAUUCGGAGGCACCCAUGGGCAACACCAAAGAGCCGUUAUCAGCAGCGGUCUCUGAGCCGCCACAGGCCCCUCUGGGGGCUGACUUUGUGGAUCAGCUUGACCCUAACGCUUUGGAUGUCGCCAACAUCGAGCGGAUAUAUCGGAAACUCGACUGGCGCAUCAUACCUGCUUUAUGGGUGCUUUAUUUCAUGUGCUCGGCGAUCCGAUCAAACAUUGGACUUGCGCAGACGAUGAAUGAGACAACCGGUCAUGAUUUGGGCAGCUUCCUACAUAUCAAUAGCCAUCAGAUAUCGACUGGCCUAGCACUAUUCUAUGUCGGCUAUGUAGUUUUUGACCUGCCUUCCAACUUGGUCAUGACUCGGCUGAGCCCGCAUGUCUGGAUGAGUCGCAUUGUGCUUAGUGUGGGUCUAAUUGGGACCUGCAUGGUCGCCAUGAAAGCGGCAUGGAGCUUUUAUCUCCUGCGCCUGCUGCUAGGGAUCGUGGAAGCAGGCCUAUGGCCCGGCAUGACUUACUACUUGACUCUUUUCUACCCUCCAUCCCGAAUUGGCAAGCGAAUUGGUUAUUACUUUACCGCUUCCCAACUUUCGGCGGCUGUGGUUGGCCUCGUAUCAGCCGGUUUCCAGGAGAUGGAUGGGGAAUUAGGAUACGUCGGUUUUCAGUGGAUGUUCCUGGUGUACGGUGUUUUGACAAUCGCACUUGGCUUUGCUCUCUUGUGGUGGCUUCCGGACCGUCCAAUAGCACCCGGCGCGGAAUACCCUCAACGCACCUGGUUUCUGCGUUGGGUACCUCGCAGCCCUCCAGCCCUGAAAGGCCACGAUGCCGCAGUCCAUUACUACGACAUGAAGCGUGUCUACCAUGCCCCCGCCUGGAAUAUCCGCGACCUCUUUCGUGUGUUCCUAGAUUGGAGACUGUGGCCCCUUUUGGUCAUGUACUUUGGGGUUGUAGGCGUCGGAAUUGGCACCCAGCUUUAUGCCAACGUCAUCAUCCAAGCGAUUAACCCAUCGCUAAGCGGCAUUGAUGUGAGCCUGCUGACGGCACCGAUCUGGAUUAUGGAUCUUAUUGCCAUUGUUCUUGUUACACCAUUUUCAGACCGGUUUCAUCGCCACCGCGCACUGUUCUUCUCGAUCCCAACUUGCCUACAGAUUUUGGGUCUACUCCUGACUAGCUAUGCCGGUAGUGAUGCUAAUCCUUGGCCCCGAUAUGGCGGUCUACUGAUUGUCGGCUUUGGCUUGGGUCCUACGGUCCCCAUUACCAUGACAUGGACUGCUGAGGUCUUCCAGCCCCGCCACGGUGAAGUCGGCGUGGCUGUUGCGUCAGCAGUCGUAUCAGGCUGGGGUAAUUUGGGUAGUAUCUUGACCACUUAUGCUCUGUACUCGGGCUGGAAGAGCGAUUCUGAGGCCCCCGGCCGGGAAAAGUACCGCAAGAGUAACUUGGUGAUGAUCGGCAUCCUCAUUGCUAGUAUACUGUCUGCUGUGCUUAUGCAGAUCCUGCUCUGGCUAGUCGACGGGCGCUAUCGUCAGGCCCAAGAUGACGAGGAUGCCGUUGACGGGGCUGCGCGCCGUGAGAUGGAACAACGGGGUCUCCAUGGGCUGGGAUCUAGCUUGAGCCAAUGGCUUCGGCGUCGAAAGGCCGAGUCUGGUCCCGGUGAAUAG